UUUAAAAAUGUGAGAAAUAUGUUUAGGAGCAACUUGAUAUAAAGGGAAUAUGCUUGGUUUUUAUGAAUGCAGAAGACACCAAAUACUCAUUGUCACUUGCAGGGUACCUUGUACUGUGGCCAAGGCAGUUUUUCUCCCCAAGAGCUUAGUCCCUGCGGUGUUUCUGUAGUGGGGAUGCUCUCAGGCAAGCAAAGUGAUAGCAGAUAAGAUAAAGUCAAGACAUAAUCCCCCCACCACAAACGGCACUUUCAGGUGCCAUUGGAUUCCCUGCCUGUAGCUGAAUUCUCCUCACAAAGGGCUUGGGCCGCUUAAGGCUGGGGCUGUGCUCAAGAGCUGGAAUACCCUUUGUCCUGGCUCCCCAGGGAGAAGGCCGAGCAGGCCAUCUGGAACCGUCUGCAGCACCUCAAGGCGCUGAAGGCCCGGCGGCCGCAGGCUCGUGCUCCGCUCCGCAUCGGGAUCCUGGGAUGCAUGGCCGAGAGGCUUAAGGAGGAGAUUCUGCACAGGGAGAAGCUGGUUGAUGUCGUGGCUGGCCCUGAUGCCUACCGUGAUCUUCCCCGGCUGCUGGCAGUGGCAGAGUCUGGCCAGCAAGCUGCCAAUGUCCUGCUGUCCCUAGAUGAGACUUAUGCUGACAUUCUGCCUGUCCAGACUAGUGCAGGUGGCACGACAGCAUUUGUGUCCAUCAUGCGGGGCUGUGACAACAUGUGCACUUACUGCAUCGUGCCCUUCACCCGAGGCCGGGAAAGGAGCCGCCCCAUCGCCUCCAUCCUGCAGGAAGUGAGGAUGCUGUCGGAUCAGGGAGUGAAAGAAGUGACCCUAUUGGGUCAGAAUGUCAACAGCUUUCGAGACCUGUCUGAGGUGCAGUUUCAGUCACUGGCUGCCCCAGGCCUCAGCCGUGGCUUUAGCACAGUCUACAAAGCCAAACAGGGAGGUUUGCGCUUCUCACACCUGCUGGACCAGGUCUCUAGGAUUGAUCCAGAAAUGAGGAUCCGUUUCACCUCUCCACACCCUAAGGAUUUUCCUGAUGAGGUCCUGCAGCUCAUCCAGGAGCGACACAACAUCUGCAAACAGCUGCACCUCCCAGCCCAGAGUGGGAGCACACGAGUCCUGGAGGCGAUGCGGCGAGGAUACACAAGAGAAGCAUAUUUAGAGCUCGUGCACCACGUGCGUGACUCUAUUCCAGGAGUGAGCUUGAGCAGUGAUUUCAUCACUGGGUUCUGCGGAGAGACAGAGGAGGAUCACCAGCAGACGUUGUCCUUGCUGCGGGAAGUCCGCUACAACAUCGGUUUCCUGUUUGCUUACAGCAUGAGACAGAAGACGCGGGCGCAUCACCGGCUGCAGGAUGAUGUCCCCACAGAUGUGAAGAAGCGGCGGCUGGAGCAGCUCAUUGCCACCUUCCGGGAGGAGGCUGCGAGGGCCAACGCAGCACUGGUGGGACAGGCCCAGCUGGUGCUGGUGGAAGGGCCCAGCAAACGCUCUGCCUCGGAGCUGUGUGGGAGGAACGACGGCAACAUCAAGGUGAUCUUCCCCGACGCCGAGCUGGAGGAUGCUGCCGAGUGCAGGGCUCCAGGCAGAGCCCAGCCAGGGGACUAUGUGAUGGUGAAGGUAACCUCUGCCAGCUCACAGACCCUGCGGGGAGUUCCGCUCUGCAGGACCACCCUAUCCCGUGCUGCUGCUUCUCACUGAGGGAUCCCUGCUGCCCCUGCAUGGAAGCAACACAUAUUCUCCAUGAAGAAACAAGGAAGUGUGGUCAGGUGGAGAGAUGGUAGAACCAGGGAGAUAUAUAUGUAUAUUAAAAUUUAUUUGUGAAAUAAUAAAAUACAUAUAUA